UUAGCUUCCUAGGAUAUGUUUAUGAACAUAAUAAUAAAUACGUAGGUCUUUAAACGUUAGCGUACUAUUCCAAUACAUUUACUUAUUUAAGGUUCCGGUUAGAGCAGAAAAAUACACAUCUUUCUCGUUUAAAGGUCGAGUAACAUUUUUGCUUUUCAAUUAGCUGCUGUUUGAAUGAAAGUCGUGUAAAGGAGAGGCUGCUGUUUCCAAACAUUAGGAGGCUGUAUCACUGCCUGUUGUUAUUCAUCUAAGAGUGAAUAAAGGUCAAAUAUAGUCUCAACGGAUGUGAAGGUCUUAGAUUUACUCUAAGACCGUUCAGCUGUUUAUUUUGGUUAACUUAGAUUAUUCCAGCUAAUUAGGUCCCAAACCUCAGUUUUACGGAAAAUGUCAAUGUUACAUCUGACGAUUAAAAGUGAAUUUGUCUUACACAAAUGUCAGUUAGCGGACAGUAUGGGCAUGCACUGUACAGUAGGCUCCAUGCAUUGAGUGCUUUGUUCUGGCUGCCUGCAGGUAGGCCUCCUUAGCUCAGGUAGGUGUUACACAGCUGACACACUGCUAGGAAGUUCAGAUACCAUUUACUAAAAGAAAAUGCCUGUUAUUAUGCUGGAACCCACACAAAUAGAACUAUCAAAUCCAUAUUUUGUAUUCUGAAUAAUGUAUGAAAUAUUUCUAAUAAUAUGUCCGUCCUACUAUCUGAUUGAUUAUAUUUUAAACUUAUUAAUACAGAGCUUGAAUCUGAGCAAAUUACUGUUUUUAAUGGUUUUAAGUCUUCUACAAAUUGUAAAGCUAAUAAUAUUGCCAACAUUUCUCCUUUGUAUACUGAUAAUCCGUCUGUAAUUCGUUUUCCUAUUUUUAUAUUGAAUUCUGGUACUACAAAUGCUAUUCUUAUUUUUCCAGUUAUUUUUGAUGCAUCUGUAUAAAUAUGAAUAUAUUGAUAAUUGUUUAAAUGUAACUGUACUGAAUAACUAUCCACAAUGUAAGAUUUAUCUUGUGUCUUUUCCAUUAUUGACAUAUCUACUGUUGCUUCUGGUAGAACCCAUGGUGGUAUAAUUGAUAUUGGUGUUGUUUGAGUAAUUUCUAAAUCAUCUAAGUCAUUUUAAAUUAUUUUAUUUUAUUUUCAGUUGUCCAUCCAAAACGCCUUAUUUAUUUCUUUUCUUUUUCCUAUCAUGGAUUUAAAAUUUUUCUUAGUGGAGUUUAUCUGGCAGUUGGCAAAAAUGAAAGAUGGGCAUUACCGCCACUUACCGGCAUGGAGUGUGUGGUACAAAAUGAUUAUCUGAAAGAAGAAAGAAAUAUAACUCAAUAGAUAUAACAUUUUUGUCUUCUUUGCUGGUAUUUUGUCCAUGUAUAACUGAACGUACAUAUUUACUUGUUCUUGAUCUAUAACUUUACUUUCUCGGUGAGUAACUUUACCAUGUCAGUAUUGUAGGACAAUGGGUGACCUGGAAGAAAUCAGCCAGCAGUUUCAGAAUAAACUGUCAUCCAUACAACUCAUGCUGGACCUGUCAGCCACUGACUUUCCUAAGCAGAAGAUAAAGAAGCUGGGAGAAGAAAUAUUGGAACUUCAGAUUAUUUUGGAGGAGUUUGACAAAUGUGUCGAUCAUCAAAAAGUUCAACUACAGCAGCUGAAGGAACUUGAGAAGUUAAUUCAAAAUGAUCUGGAGGGUGUUCAGCACAUGAAGGACAAUAUUCCUGCACACAUUCCUAAGAAGACAAGUCCAGUCAAGGAAAACACAGACGGGGGGAACCAGAACACGGCGACAGAUGUUCAGCCAGCCCAGGCCGAACAUGUUAAAAAGACCAAGAGGGGCUUUGUCAGAGAGAUGCACUAUAUUACCUCACAGGAAUAUGAGAGCAUCCCUCAGUACAUGAAAGGACGUGUAUCAUAUGAGCAGCUCAAUGCUGUGGUGGAAAGCAUUAACACCGCUAUAAGAGCCAAGUACAAAAUCCUUUCUCAGCCAAUGAAGGCUCUUAAUAUUCACGCACGCAACUUGCAGCAGCGCUUCAAAAACCAGGAAAGCAAAGAUACAAAAGGACAGUUUUUUGUAGUGGAGGAUGACAUCCUUGAAUUUACCCAGAUGAAGGUGGACAAACGCUUUCAGGGGAUCUUGAACAUGCUUCGACACUGUCAGCGCCUCCGCGAGAUCAGGGGGGGCGGGGUCGUCCGCUAUACAUUGAAUUGAAAGAAGAUGGAUCCUAACAUUCAUCACAACAACGCUGUAGGCUUGCACAGUUAUGUAUAUGAGUGUCAGGCUGUACAUUUAGACUUUUGUAUAAGGUCAGAUGACUUAUAUUGACAUAAAACCUGCUCAGAUUUGUAUUGAAUAAAGUGAAGUUGCAGAAAUUUUGUCUUCUCUGUGAAAUACUUGUAAUUGUGUGCAAUUAAAUUUUACUCUACUGGG